CGCAUGAUCCAUCCCUUAUGGGACAUCCAGGCCAUGCAGGGACACCACAAUCCUAAAAGGGGCACCACCACCCUCCUGGGGACACCGUGGCCCUGAGAGGGAAAUAGUGACUCUGAUGGGGACGCGGUGUCCACGUGGCCAGGAGGCGUUGCUGCCACGGCCCCGCGCUUUGAGCAGCGCCCCGUCCCGCCGCGCUCUGCAGAAGGGCUGCGCCGCACCGAUGGCACCCGGGGGUUCCUCCUGCACAACGGUGCUGGCGACCACGGGGCUCCUGCUGCCGCUGUGCCUGGUCCCCGCAGCGCUGCUGGAGCUGUGGCAGCCGGAGCCUGUCCUCUUCGUGGAACCCGGGGACGCAGUGCGCAUCAGAUGCAUGGCAGAUGCUAAAAUGGAUGGUAGAGGCAAGGUGCUGUGGUACCGGCGCAGCCCUGGAGAGCCGCCCCGACUGCUUCUGACCUGCAUAGAUGGAAGGCGGGAUGGAUUCUCCUGUGAGUAUCGGACGUACCACGCUGUGCUGCACAUCGACGCCGCCCGCCCUGAGGACACCGCUCUGUACCUCUGUGCAAGCUCCAUCACCCCCAAGCUGCAGUUUGCCAACGGCACCGUGCUGCUGGUGGGAGACAGCUGGAGGACCCACAGCUGGGUGCAGGUUCUGGCCACACACGGGUCCCCCCACUCCCCUCUCAGCACCAUCUGUGCUGUGGGUGCUGCGGGUGGCCCCGUCGUCAUCUCCUGGACAGGGGGGGAACGACCCCCAGAGAUGCUAGGGCUGGGGAAUAGCACAGAGCUGCUGCUCAGCCCUGGGAAGCCUGGGGGGCUCUGCAAGGUUCGCUUCAAUGCUUCCGGCCCCCACGUCCAGAGGAGCACGGAGCUGCAUGAGGCUGCGGGUGGAUGCCCGCUGCCCAUCUCCAUGGGAAUGGCCGCAGCUGGGACACUGCUGCUGCUGCUCAGCCUCUGGAUCGGUGCCCGCUGCCUCAUCCCUGCACAGGCAGGUAAGGAGUGGGACAGGGACAGGGGGUGUCCUCCUGCCCCUGCUGUCCUCCACUGUCCUUUGCACCCUUCUGGGGCUGCUCCAUCCCACAGUGCCAUCCUCAGUUCCCCCCAUCCUCAGUUCCCCUCCGUCCCCCACUUCCCCAUCACCCCAACCCCGUGCUGGGGCCGUGUUUCUGUCCCAUCCUCAGGCCACCAGCCGACGGUCCCAGAGCACCCAGAGCCGCAGGAAGAGCUGCUGUACGCGCACCUCACCCUCGCGGGGCCCACGCCGCCAUGACACCACCAGGCCCCACAGACAACACCACCGCGGUGCUGAGGCUUCCCCGACCGCUUUGCCCAGAGUUAAAGAAAUAAAAGGGCUUUAAGCUUCAAAACCAGCCUGGGCCACAGCGCGCUGCUCUCGUUCUGUCCCCACACCUCCCGCGAAAUGUCCCCACCCCACCGUCCCCAUG